AUGGCUGGGGAGACCUGGGAGAUUGUCCAAAUGCAACCCCCUUACGACGCCAAGGAGGUUAAACUUACUACUUUUAAGCACGGUGACCACGUGACUAGUCACAACUGGGUCUCUUUCGAUGACAAAGUAGCAGCCCUGUCUGUCCAUGGGCUUUACGGUUGCACUUCUGUUGUGGUAUUGUCUCAGAGAGGUGCGUGGGCGAGCCAUAUCUGGGAGAAGGCUUUCACCAGCCACAUCGAGAAUGACUUCACCCUCAGAGCCAUCAGGGAUCUCCAUUCAGGAGUCGGAAGCACAAACAUAUUGACCGAAUAUAGAGAGUGGGGAAUGGAUGACCUCAAAGACAAACCGGAUGCCGGGAACCGCGGUAUCAUCUUCGGCGACGGCACGCCGGCCGACAGCAAUUUGCCGAUUCAGGUUUUCAUCUUCACACCACGCGAACGUCCUACGCAGUCUACGCCGGAUGAAGCCCGCCUAGAUCCCAACUACAAUGCAGGAGGGAUUUUGUACGGCCCAAGGAUUGCGCAGAUACACGACGACUUGUACAAAACUUUCUCGACAACCUCGACGCAAUUGCUCGACGUAGAAAUCACGGAAUCACGCGGUAAAUUGCUCAUUCAGUACCAACCAGCUCCCGACUGCACUGGCAAGGCCAGCUGGCGAAUGUGGGUCGAAGGAAGACCGCUGGAAGGGCGCACUGCCAGCUGGGAUCCUGCGAGCAACCAAAUCUUUCAAGGCCAAGCUGCUGGCGGAGCUGCAGCCAAGCGACAGGCCUGCCCGAUCCGAUCAGCGACUCCCGGUGGUACUUCGUCGGAGCCCUCUCAACAGACGAGCCUGCCUGCUUCUGUUCCGACGACUGUUCCGACGACAACUAGACCUAUGGAAACUCUUACUUCGUCGCCGGAGCCCGCGAAGACCACAUCGUCACCGGCUGUCAAGGAAAGCACGACGGCUCCGCCUCCACCGAAGUCGACAACGUCAAACAAGCCUCCGCCGCCGAAGCCCACCGAGCAGGUUUUGAUCGAAUUUGCAUUGGAAAAGGCUACCCCGUCCGAACCGGGCCAAGUUCCUAACUCGAGAGGCUCCUGGGUCAUGUUCCUGAAGAAAGCGGACGACGCAAGCCGCAAAGAGUGCGACGACAAGAGGAUUGGCCUGAAGGCCAUUGACACAGUACUUCCGCUUUUGGAAGAUUCGGGCGACACAAAAACCUCCGACAACUUAUCGUGGCCUCCUACUUUUGAGGCUGAUUCCGGGGUGGAAGUUUCUGGCCGAAAGCAGUGUAGGUAUAACGAGAAGAAGGACGGUGCGGGAACUUUCGUCUGCGAUGGGAUUGGUUCGUUUGACUGUAUCAAGGAUGAGCAGUCUAACGGUCCGAAGACUUGUGGCGGGUUGCCUCAGCUUGUCUACUAUCCCAAAGUCAGAUGCUUGUUGCCGGUUGCUUAG